GUGCGUCGCGUUUUCCGCCGGACCUCUCCCGCUCUCGGGUCUACUUAUCUGUACCCUUCUUUAUCCCUUUUCCCUUUUUCCAUCGGCUUCCGCGUCCUCGCCGUCGCCGUCGCCUCCCCCGCGUACAUCGCCGCGCGAUAUCUAAACGCCGCCGGCUUUUAGACUGGCCGCGUGCCGCGUAUGCACCGCGUGCACUCGCAGCAGCAUCGCCGUCGACACCGCGACGACACGCUGCUGCUGCUCGUCCUCGUCGUCGGCCACCAUCGCCACCACGUCCUUGAGCCGUGCGUCGUGCACGUCGCCGACGACGACGACGGCGGCGACGACACCGCGGCAGAUCAGGGUGAGCAUCAGGGUGACGUAGUAUUCGACCACAGGAUCGAAGGAUGCUGGCCCGCUGUCUAAUCUUCGCAGGUGCAGCUGCUAUAAUAACGUCCGCGAGCGGGCACGGCUUCGACGCGCAUUUACGCGGCCCUAGUUUCGUGCUGGAACCGCCGUCGAGGAUCGAAUUCUCGAAUUCCAGCGGCGCCUGGUUGGAUUGCACGGCAUCCGGAAGUCCGCCGCCGAACAUCGACUGGUCUACUGCGGACGGGCAUCCGGUCAACGAUGUGUCAGGCGUGCGGAGAGUGCUCAGAAAUGGUACCCUGGUGCUCCUGCCGUUUCCGGCCGCGGCCUAUCGACAGGACGUUCAUAGCGCCGCGUAUAGAUGCUUGGCGAGCAACCCUGUCGGCAAAGUGCUCAGCCGAGAUGUACAAGUCAGAGCAGGUGCAGCUGCUAUAAUAACGUCCGCGAGCGGGCACGGCUUCGACGCGCAUUUACGCGGCCCUAGUUUCGUGCUGGAACCGCCGUCGAGGAUCGAAUUCUCGAAUUCCAGCGGCGCCUGGUUGGAUUGCACGGCAUCCGGAAGUCCGCCGCCGAACAUCGACUGGUCUACUGCGGACGGGCAUCCGGUCAACGAUGUGUCAGGCGUGCGGAGAGUGCUCAGAAAUGGUACCCUGGUGCUCCUGCCGUUUCCGGCCGCGGCCUAUCGACAGGACGUUCAUAGCGCCGCGUAUAGAUGCUUGGCGAGCAACCCUGUCGGCAAAGUGCUCAGCCGAGAUGUACAAGUCAGAGCAGAUGGCAAGUUCCACCUGCUUCCCACGGGAGAGCUUCUGGUUCACAGUCUCGAGUUCAGCGACCAGCUGAACGGCUAUAGAUGCCGCACGAUGCACCGUCUCACGAGACAAGUGGUCGUUAGCUCUAUGGCCAACAUUAGGAUAGCAGAUCACAGAGGCGUAAUGCCUCCCGUGAUACUCGAAAACUCCGGCGUCGUUCACGUCGCCCAGGACGAAUCGACGUCAUUAGUCUGCGUGGCGCAAGCCUGCCCUUCGCCUGAAUAUCGGUGGUACGCGCAAACAGGUGCGGAACCAAUGUUGGUACUCUCUGGGCCCAGAACUAGAUUACUUGGUUCUGUACUGGCCAUCGAGGCGGUAACAUUAGAAGACAGCGGUGUGUACCGCUGUUCUGCUUCUAAUCCUGGUGGGGAAGCGAGUGCCGAAAUCAGGUUAAUCGUGACGGCGCCUCUUCACGUGGAAGUGACGCCUAUGUUACUCAGCGUUCACUUAGGAGGCAACGCCGAGUUCAGAUGUGAGGUUGGUACACAUCCACAGGCUGGACCGCAUUUUAUCACAUGGUACAAAGACGGCAGGCAACUCCCAGGAUCGGGAAGGCAAUCGGAAUUACUGAGGCUCAACGGAAUCGGAAGGGAUGAUCGCGGCAUGUAUCAAUGCAUUGUGAGAAGAUCGGAAGGUGAUACGGCUCAAGCAUCGGCGGAACUUCAAUUAGGCGACGCGCCACCGGUACUCCUAUACUCGUUCAUCGAGCAAACACUCCAGCCAGGACCCGCCGUAUCCUUAAAAUGUUCCGCCGCAGGAAAUCCUACACCACAGGUAUCAUGGGCGUUGGACGGUUUUCCCUUACCGACUAAUGGAAGAUUCGUCAUUGGUCAAUAUGUAACGGUGCACGGCGACGUCAUAUCCCAUGUCAAUAUAAGCCACGUUAUGGUGGAGGAUGGAGGGGAAUAUUCCUGCACCGCCGAAAAUCGCGCGGGAAAAGUGACACAUGCUGCGCGACUGAAUGUUUAUGGACUUCCGUACAUACGCCUGAUCCCGAAAGUGACCGCCGUCGCUGGCGAGGCUCUCCGUUUGAAAUGUCCCGUGGCUGGGUAUCCGAUCGAGGAGAUCAAGUGGGAGAAAUCGAGCCGCGAGUUACCGGACAAUCUGCGUCAGAAAGUACUUCCGGACGGCACCCUGAUGAUUACCAACGUGCAGAAAAAUGGCGACCCUGGCGUAUACACCUGUUGGGCCAGGAACAAGCAGGGUCACAGCGCCAGGAGAUCCGGAGACGUCGCGGUGAUCGUUCCCCCCAAAAUUAGCCCGUUCACGGCAGAUCGCGAUUUGCACCUCGGCGAGCGUACCACCCUGACAUGCUCGGUGACUCGAGGCGAUCAGCCGCUGUCCAUCACGUGGCUCAAAGACGGACGCUCGAUGGGACCGUCGGAGCGCGUCACUGUCACCAAUGUGGACCAGUACAAUAGCAUACUGAUGAUUGAAAGUUUAUCUCCAGAUCACAACGGCAACUACUCGUGCGUGGCCCGUAAUGUGGCCGCAGAGGUAUCGCACACGCAGCGGCUUGUGGUUCAUGUACCCCCUAUUAUUGAGCCAUUUACGUUCCAAGAGGGACUAUCCGAGGGGAUGCGGACGCGGACGGUGUGCGGGGUCGCGGCGGGAGAUCCACCCCUAACCAUAUCCUGGCUGAAAGACGGCCAAAAUCCUUUUCCCUUGCCGCCGAAUCUGGCCUCCGUCGCAAACGUCUCCCAACUGGAUCCCUACUCGAGCCUCCUCAGUAUAACGAAUCUUGCGGCCGAGCACUCCGGCGACUAUACCUGCGUCGCCGCGAACCCCGCCGCCGAGGUCAGGUACACGGCCAAGCUACAGGUAAAAGUGCCGCCCAGAUGGAUCGUCGAGCCGAUCGACGUGAGCGUCGAGAGGAACCGCCACGUUGCUUUGCACUGCCAAGCGCAGGGCGUCCCGACACCGACGAUCGUCUGGAAGAAAGCCACCGGAAGCAAAGCUGGUGAUUACGAGGAGUUGCGUGAAAGAACGUACACCAAAAUCCUCAGCAACGGCACGCUGUUGCUGCAACAUGUGAAAGAAGACAGAGAAGGUUUCUAUCUAUGCCACGCGAGCAACGGCAUAGGAAGUGGUUUAGGCAAGGUCGUGCAGUUAAAAGUCAAUUCAUCUCCGUAUUUCGCGGCACCGUCGCGGCUCGUAACCGUAAAGAAAGGGGAUACGGCGACGUUACACUGUGAGGUACACGGCGAUAAGCCGGUUACCGUUACCUGGCUGAAAGGCGGCAAAAGCGAGCUUAAUCCCUCGACGAAUUACCGCGUCGCAGUGAAGCAGGAAGUAACACCGGACGGUAUCAUAGCGCAAUUGCAAAUCUCAUCGGCGGAAGCCGCCGACAGCGGUGCGUAUUUUUGCCAGGCGAACAAUCUUUAUGGCCGCGAUCAGCAGCUGGUGCAACUCCUCGUGCAAGAGCCACCACAACCACCGAACGCCCUAGAAACUGCCAUGGUGGCGAGUCGUAGCAUUAACGUUAAGUGGCAACAUAAGUCGCAGGACACUAGCGAGGUCACCAAAUACAUUCUUCAGUACAAAGAGGGCGAAGGUGGAAUGUGGCAGCAACAAGAGUUUACCGGACCACCAUUGCCGUAUGCGGCAUUAAUCGAUGACCUGAAACCAGCCACGAGAUAUACCAUACGCGUGAUAGCGGAAGGUCCAGCGGGUCGAUCUGUCCCUUCGGCGGAACUUAUCGUCAGGACUGAACCGCAGAGACCAGCUGGUCCGCCGAUGAAUCUCGCAGCUCGAGCACUUUCCUCGUCGGAGAUUCUCGUCAGUUGGUCACCGCCGUUGGCGGAGCUUCGUCACGGUGACAUACAAGGUUUCAACGUCGGUUACAAAGAAACGAGCUCGAACAAUCCAUCGUACAACUUCAGCUCCGUGUCGGGUGACGGGGAAGAAGGUGGCGGGGAGCUUCGACUUACAGGUCUCAGGCCUUACACUAGGUACACUCUAGUCGUUCAAGCUUACAAUCAAGUCGGACCAGGACCUUUGUGCGAACCAUUGCUCACGCAGACGUUGGAAGACGUUCCCAGCAUGCCACCAGAUGAUGUGAGAUGUGCGGCGCUCACUUCUCAGUCCUUGCAAGUGUCCUGGCAACCUCCGCCCAACACACACAGCAACGGCAUUAUUCAAGGCUACAAAUUGAAUUACGAACCAAUUUUGGCGGAUGCGUGGCGAGGACUGGACGAGAUGGAGGUUCGUAAAACGAGCGCUCUAACGACGGUUCUAACUGGACUUAGGCGGUACACUAAUUACACUAUUCAGGUUUUGGCUUAUACCAGAAUCGGCGACGGUGUGCCCUCCACAACAAUUUACUGUCAGACGGAUGAAGACGUGCCAGGCAGCCCGGCUGAUAUCAAAGUCGUCGUGAGCUCGCCGCAAGCUCUCUUUAUCUCAUGGCUACCUCCACUCGAACCGAAUGGAGUUAUUACGAAAUACAACCUUUACACAAGAGUUGUUGACGGACGGGAGGAACUCAAUCACGGUAAGAAGACGUUACCUGCCACGAGCACGUAUUUCGAGGCGACCGACUUGCAGCAACACGUCGAGUAUCAAUUCUGGGUAACCGGUAGUACCCGGAUGGGCGAAGGUCAGAGUUCGAGGGUGACGGCGCAGGUGCCGACGAAUCGAGUGCCAGCCAGGAUCACGUCUUUCGGCGGGCACAUGGUGCAUCCGUGGCGGAGUUCGGUCACUUUGGCGUGUAACGCGGUCGGGGAUCCGACGAGAGAAUGGUACAAGGGUACUACGGAGCAGAUGCGCACCGAUCCUGCCAGAAACGUGCAGAUCUUGACGACCGGAGAACUCGUGUUGUCGAAUCUUCAGUCGCAGGACAGCGGGAAUUACACCUGUCAGGUGGAGAACUCCCAAGGCAGCGACAAGCUGCAUUAUACUCUCACGGUGCAAGUUCCGCCCAAUGCUCCCGUAUUAUAUGUAACUAGCUCCACGUCGAGUAGUGUAUUACUGCAUUGGAAAUCUGAGCACAACGGUGGCGCACCGUUGACGGGUUACACACUAUAUUAUCGAACUACUCACGGUACUCUCGAUGAGUUACAAUUAUCUCGUCACGCUACCAACCACGAAUUAAAGGGGCUGCUGUGCGGGAACACGUAUCAGUUGUAUUUAACGUCGCACAAUAAGAUCGGCAGCAGUCCACCGUCUCCGGUGCUCUCGAUUCGAACUCAGGGUCAAGCUCCGGGAAUUCCACCAUCGGCCGCUUUCGUCAGCCCGAACUCCACUACUUUGGUGCUACGAUUGCACGUCUGGCCUGAUAAUGGAUGUCCCAUAAAGUACUUUGUUAUUCAAUACAGACCUAUAAACGAGUUUCACUGGACUCUGGUGUCGAACAACGUCAAAAUGCAACGGCGAUUCGUCGUGACAAAUUUAACACCGAGCUCGGUCUAUCAGCUCAAGGUCGAGACCCAUAACGUGGCUGGUAGUAAUCAGGCAGAGUUCACGUUUGUGACAUUGACGAAGGAAGGUGAAUCACCGCCUCCAGGACUGUCAAAGCGCGGAAUAACGUCGGUCAUGCCGUUUUAUGCGGACAUUAAAGUGAUACUGCCAUUGAUCGUGGCUACUAUCGCGCUGGUCGCCGCAGCGGUAAUCGUCGCCUUUCGUUGGAGGAACAGAUAUUUGGGGGGUCCGGUGCAACGGCCGAUGAAAGAAUCCCAAGAGAAUCAACAAAAUGCCGAAACACAACGAGAGCGUUAUUAUGCCACGAUACACAAAGUGGCUCUGCAACAAGCGGCAAAUACGGGCGCUGGACCUGACAAGAUUCCAGAGACAGCGGAGGACAUUUCGCCGUACGCUACGUUCCAGCUUUCGGAGGGUGGCGGGGCAAGCCUGGCAGGGUUGGGCGCAUUGGGAGGACUGGGAGGCGCGGCGGAGGCCACAGCGGCCGGUCUUCAUCCGAACAAUACCCUUCUGCACAGCUUCAUGUAUCACGAGCACGCCAUGACCGAAGGAUGCGCGAGUCCCCCACCAGCGGCAACGAGCAUGAAGAGCGUUUCGUCGAGAAGGCGGCAACAGAGAAAGCAGCAAACCCCGGGCGAUGUCGAGAGCGACGAGAGCGAGUCUGACCCGGACCAACUGAUAAGCUCACGCACGGAGUCAUCGAAUCAACUGGAUGCUGGCAAACUAAAACAUAUUCGCGCGGUUUCGGAUUUUAUCUAUCACGGCACGUCGAGCACCUCUUCGGACAUUUCUCCCAUGUCCGAACAGAAGUCACUGCCACGAAGGGGGCGAUCAAGAUGGCAUGUUCCCAGCAGGAGCUCUCUACGCACACUACUUCCGCCGAUCUCGGUCGCGGAGACCGCGUUUGUCGGCGGCAAUCAGGGGGCGGUUGUGCCUACGCCGGGGAACGGGGACCGGCCGGAGCUCAGCGAGGCCGAAUGCGACAUUGAUUCUCUGAAGAAGCUGAAACUUGGCCUGAGGAGUUCUCUGUGGUCAAGACCGAGCACUCAGAACAAUCCUUCGUCGGAUUACUCCAUCGCCGUCUAAUCUGUACCACCGCAUGGUAUCACUCUUCCAUAGUAGGAACUCUCUCUCCUCUCUCCUACUUUCUCCCCUCCUUCCUUUUUCAACCCCAUGGGCCAAAGAUUAGGUAAAUUAAUAUUUCCUUCUCAUGUCUCGUCGAGAAUUCCCUUAUGGUCUCAUUGGUAGAACUACUCGACUGCCACGGGCACAUUUCUGUCGAUAGAUAAAUUACAUUCUACUCGUUAAAAACGAUUGAUAGGGAGAGAGGCGUGCAUAUAAAUAAGAUUGUAAAGAAGAUCAAGGCAACGAAGUGGACGAGUAUAGAAGAACAGACGCGUAUAUCGGGCCGAAUAAAAAAAGAAUGACUUUUUUGCUAUAUAAAGAAAAAAAACUCUUAUACUCUUACAAUUUUUAAAUUAAGCUAUUAUCUUUCACAACUCAAUUCAUAAUUUAUAAAAAAAAAUUUACAUUCUUCGCAGAGAUAUAUCAGCUUUUCUAAUAUUUAAUUAAUAAUAUAUGACAGAAAGGGCGAAACUAUACAACUGUUCUUCUAUAAAUGUGCUUCUUCGUUGAUCGAGUCGAGAGAGAGUUAGUCGAAAGUAUCUAAAAGUGCGUGCGUCUCCUCUUCCUUGUCCGUGACGCGACGCAUGGAGUGCGUAGAGUGCGUGAGUGAGUCCGAGUCCGAGUGUGUGGAUGAUUGUCGAAUCGCGUGUGCGAAUGCGUGCCAAAACGACAAUUUGCUCAGACCGCUGCGAGUCGUUCGCCGGCGGGCGAUCCAUUCGAGACCAAAGACUUAAUCAUAUGAACAGAGCACAGAAGAAUCCUUCGCACAUCAUGAACGAAAACGGUGGCAGACUGCAUUUGCUUCUAUUUCGAACAUCUACUACAAAUAUUUCUUUAUUUUUAUCAAUUUAUCGUGUUAAUUUUAUGCCACUUUUCGUAUACAUAUCUCUUUACAUCUUUUUGAUCACUUUUAAUUAGUAUAUAUAAUAUUUAUUACAUAAUGUUUCUUUAUUUAUAUGUGUUGAAUAUAUUUAAUUUGUAUCUACAACAUUUUUAAUCACGUAUAAGAAAUUUGUUUGAGAGAUAUUUAAUAUCUAUAAUCUAAUUUAUUAUCUAUCAUAAUUUCUCUAUAUAUUAAUCUUUAUUUUAUUCUAUUAUCUUUUGCCAUUUAAAUGCUAUAGUUUUGAUUAUUUUUAAUACGUGUAAGUUUUCAUUAUCUGAAUAUUCUCUGGAUAAGUCAAUUUUAUUUAUAUUAACAUUUUAAAAAGAUUUUCUUCUAUUCCGCGUAAAUGUAUAAAGCAGUCUGAAGCCACUUUGGAAAUAAUGCACGUCUAUGUUCGGUGCGCGCAUGUUAUUUUAAAGAUUGGGAUGAGAUACGCGAAUGAAUCGGGGAAGAGAGAAGACACAGACUUCCAAGUCUCCAAGACGGAGAACGUUGAUGGAUUGAUUGGGCUCUGUUGCGUUGUAAAGUUUAUUAUACGUAUUAAUAAUAGCACCGUUGAUUACUUUAAGUCCGUUAUUAAUCCUAAGACUUCUAUGUAGAAUGUUUUUUCUGUGCGCGAAGCGCGAUAUACACACGAUCGGAAGUAUCAAGCGCGAAUCAGCUGAUCGCAACGAUCUCGUUUCCUGCGCUAUAAAAUUCGGCGGAGGCGCUUCAGAGAAAGAGAACCGUCUUUCUCUCCCCUCUAAGAAAUCUCUCUUCUAAUGUCGCGCACCUCGAAACCUCAUGAUCCGACGCGACCAAUCUUACUAUUAUGCAAUAAGUUGUACCAGCGCAACUCUUCUUCAGACUGAAAUCGAAAGUACUAAUAAAAAAUUGCCGUUAGAAUUAAUUAAACGCGCGCAUUCUACUGCCUCGCGAGCUUCCAAUAUUUCCGCGACACUGCCAUCCCGCAGAUCAUUUAUCGUGUACAAAAAGGGAUAAUAAUGAGAUCGUUUUACAUACUUCAAAAAAAGACGUUUUUUGUAAUAUUUAUCUACAUCCAAGUGACUUCCAAGUGAAGUGGAGUUAUUGUUGAUCUUCUUCCACCCUCCUCCAAGUGUCUCUUUAAAUAGUUAAGUAUACUGUACGAUGUUUUUUAUAUUCGGACUUCUCUCUCUUUGUGAUGGCGCACGUAUUGCCAUUUUCUAGUUUAUUUAAGCGCGAAGGAGACUGUUCCGAAUUUAUUGUACAUCUCUGUACACACGUCGACGAUAACUUUGAUCUUACGAAAAAACAGUUUAGGAAAAGUUAAGAAAUUCUAAUCUCACAUGUCAGAAUAUUGUAAGUGACGUUUAAAAAUUUCACGGAUUUAUCGUAAAGUAAUAUCGGUAACUUAAGGAAAACUGUGUGCGCGACACUACGAAGACGAGGCCGUAGAUAUACGUAUAUAAAUACAUAUGUUGAGUACACGGGCAUCAAGGCGCGUACAUACAGAAGCAUGUACGGCGCGUAUGUUAAUGUAUAUAAGGGAAGCACGUCAAUCAAACUUGUAGUAUUCGAUUAAAUCGAUAAGACGAUUUUCGGAGAAGACGAAGUGCGAUUCGUCGUGGUAUAAUUGCGAGACGUUGUCGUCGACACGAUUUUUGUACAUUUUUCUUGCGUCAUGGACCGACCGAGUUCUGUCAAUCUCUUCUCGUAAUCUUUUAUGGGGACCAGUUCUCUUCAUUAUCAUAAUCGUAUAUAAAUAAUUAAUGAUAAAUUUUUUAUAAACGACCAUCUCGAGGAAAAUUAAUCAACGAAUUUUUUACAGACUGUGAGAAGUUUUUUACAAAAAUAUAAUCCGAAUUAGAUAAUCUUUCUAUUUAUCUGAUUACAUCUGAUACGUUAAGAUCUCAAUUGCGAUGAAGUAUUUUUGUUCGCGAAUGAUUAUACGGUCCUCGAAGGAUGAUGCAGUGAUAUAACUCGGUGCACCCCUCGUCACUCUUUGCGAUAAUCCGUGCAGCUCGGAGAAUGCACUUUAAUUGUUGCAUCGAUAUGAAUGGAGGCGAGUGAAUAAAUCAAACGGAUAAUUGUUAUUAUAACUACGAUUAACGUCGUUGUAGAAAAAGGAAGGGUAUCGGCGCAAGAGACAUCGCGAGAGUCUCAGUGAAAUGAAGAGGCUCGCAAAGUUUUCUCUCCGUUCUGCGAUCGGAGGUUGUACGAUUAAAAAAACGAAUCGUGCGAUUAAAUUUAAACUGUAUUAAAUCUGUGGUACGGCAUUUUGAUGCAUUGUGUCGAUCGUAGAAUCGAUUAAAUAAAUUGAUAUCGUGUAAAGUA